UUGCCUAUCGUUAUCGGAAGCUUUGCCGGUUUAUUUACGUUUUGGAGCAUUGAACCGAGCAAAUGUUUUAAAAACUAGCAUUUUCCGUGUUUUGGCGCACACUUGCAGCACAAAUAGAGUCCCGAUCCCUCGACCAUGUGUGCAAAUAGCCCCCGCGUCCCCGUCGCGGGGAAUGGAGGCUCCACCCGCUGCUCCAGCCUGUGUUCCGAGGGCCGCUUGAGUUUGUAUUGCUUUGUGAUCACCGCAGCCCUGAUCCUCAUCCCCUCGGUGCCCCAGAUCCACUAUGGAAUGGUGCCCCAGGUGUGGGGCGCCGUGCUCUGGGGUCCUGUCCUAUACUACGCUCUGAUCAACAUGAUUAUCCGGUUCGUGUUGCGGAACCACGACUACCAGGUUGCCAUUAGGGCCUCCUUCCUGGGCUUUACUAUGGCCGUAAGCACGCUGGUAAUCUGUUUUGCCCCCACCGAAUGGCAGCAAUUUGGGGUCUACGGCUGCUUCAUGUCCUUUUUCCACUAUUCGGAGUUCCUGGUGAUCGCCUGUGCAAAUCCCCGCACCCUAAGUCUCGAUUCCUUCAUGCUGAACCACUCGGUGCACUAUGGACUGGCUGCCGCAGCCAGCUGGAUCGAGUUCUCCCUGGAGGUGUACUUCCUGCCGGAGUUCAAGAGAUUCGGCCACAUAUGGCUGGUGGGCGUGGUCCUGUGCUCCUUUGGCGAGGUGGUUCGCAAGGCGGCUAUCAUCACAGCAGGACGAAGCUUUACACAUUUGGUCCAGGAUGAGAAGCACUCGGAUCACAAACUAAUUACGAGUGGGAUCUACUCCUACUGCCGGCACCCCUCCUACGUCGGCUGGUUCUGGUGGUCCAUUGGAACGCAGAUCGUGCUGCUCAAUCCCAUCUGCAUAUGCAUCUAUACGCUGGUCAGCUGGCUCUUCUUCCACGAUCGCGUCUACGUCGAGGAGUACUCCCUGCUCAACUUCUUCCAGUCGGACUAUGUGCGCUAUCAGAAGCGGGUGCCAACGGGCCUGCCCUUCAUCCGGGGCUAUCUGAUCGAGUAGUGUCACGGAGCUCGGGUUCAAUGUCACAAGCCGCCGUGGAGAACAACAAGUUCUGUUUUAGAUGUAGGUAAACAACGUACACGGUAGUCGUCUUUUGUAUAGCAAAAAAAGAAAUAUUUCAAAAGCACAUUGUAUUUUAAAAAAAUAAGUUUUUCUAAUAUUUAGCUUGUUGGUUUGUAUUCAUAAACUAGUCAAAGCAUGUUGCUGAUAAUCUAA